GGCCUGACAUCUCCACAGCGAUCGGGCACCACGAAAAGUCAUCACAUGACAGCACGUGAACUACAGUGAAAAUUUUUCGUCUACUAUUUAGUUGUCGAGUUUCGUCUCAGCUGACGGUCUUAUUGGGAAUUUUAGUGUUCCUCGGCUCGAUUGGUAUUUUCUCAAGACAUUUUCAGACUCGCUGCUUCGCUGAGGUGGUUUUUCACGGAUUUUAAGGAAGGAUGUCGUACAUUAACGCGAAACAAGCCCAGCGCGAGCACGUCCUGGCCGUGUCCCGUGACUUCAUCUCGCAACCGCGACUGACCUACAAAACCGUGUCUGGUGUAAACGGACCGCUAGUCAUCUUGGAUGAAGUGAAGUUCCCCAAAUAUGCCGAGAUCGUGCAACUCCGCCUCAAUGACGGCACAAUCCGUUCUGGUCAAGUGUUGGAAGUGAGCGGCUCCAAGGCCGUGGUCCAGGUAUUCGAAGGCACCUCGGGCAUCGAUGCGAAAAACACUCUCUGCGAGUUCACCGGCGACAUUCUGCGCACCCCCGUGUCCGAGGAUAUGUUGGGUCGUGUGUUCAACGGCUCAGGAAAGCCCAUCGACAAAGGUCCACCAAUUUUGGCUGAAGAUUUCUUGGAUAUCCAGGGCCAGCCCAUCAACCCAUGGUCGCGUAUCUACCCCGAGGAAAUGAUCCAGACCGGUAUCUCCGCCAUCGACGUGAUGAACUCCAUUGCCCGUGGCCAAAAGAUUCCCAUCUUCUCGGCCGCUGGUCUGCCCCACAACGAAAUUGCCGCCCAGAUCUGUAGACAAGCCGGUCUGGUCAAGUUGCCAGGCAAAUCCGUCUUGGACGACCACGAGGACAACUUCGCCAUCGUGUUCGCAGCUAUGGGUGUCAACAUGGAAACCGCCCGUUUCUUCAAGCAAGAUUUCGAGGAGAACGGCUCCAUGGAGAACGUGUGCUUGUUCUUGAACUUGGCCAACGAUCCAACCAUCGAACGUAUCAUCACGCCCCGUCUGGCUUUGACCGCAGCCGAAUUCUUGGCCUACCAGUGCGAGAAGCACGUGCUGGUCAUCUUGACCGACAUGUCCUCGUACGCCGAAGCUUUGCGAGAAGUCUCAGCCGCCCGUGAGGAAGUGCCCGGUCGUCGUGGUUUCCCCGGUUACAUGUACACUGAUUUGGCCACCAUCUACGAACGUGCCGGUCGUGUCGAGGGCCGAAAUGGUUCCAUCACACAGAUCCCCAUUCUUACUAUGCCUAACGAUGAUAUUACCCAUCCUAUUCCUGAUUUGACCGGAUAUAUCACAGAAGGACAGAUCUACGUCGAUCGUCAGUUGCACAACAGACAGAUCUACCCACCGGUCAACGUGUUGCCUUCCCUGUCGCGUUUGAUGAAGUCUGCCAUCGGCGAGGGCAUGACCCGCAAGGACCACUCCGACGUGUCGAAUCAGCUCUACGCCUGCUAUGCCAUCGGUAAGGACGUGCAGGCCAUGAAGGCCGUCGUCGGUGAAGAGGCCCUCACACCCGACGAUCUGCUCUACUUGGAAUUCUUGUCGAAAUUCGAGAAGAACUUCAUUUCACAAGGAAACUACGAAAACCGCACCGUCUUCGAGUCGCUCGACAUUGGCUGGCAACUACUCCGUAUCUUCCCCAAGGAAAUGUUGAAGAGAAUCCCGGCGUCCAUCCUGGCCGAGUUCUACCCCCGAGACUCGCGCCACUAGAUCUGAAUGUUUUUGUUCUUCGAUUUGUUUCAUUACCCUUUAUUGUUGCUGUUAACGUGUCAACAUACAAAAUAAUGCUUGAAGGCCACUUUAGGACAAUAUUACAUGUUCGUAGAUAUAUUUACAAGGAGAAAAUACACAUUUAGCCCUAAGAUUAAAAAUUUUAAUUGUUGAAAUAGUUUUCACUACGCGAUAAGUUUUUUGUUUCGUCACUCGGUGAGUUUGUUUGGCCCGCGCGGCCGCUCUUCUGUUUGAAUUCAGUAUUCUUUCUGUAUAUUGAGAUUUUUGUCAAUAUCGUUUAAAUAUAUUUAGAGCAAUAUUCUGAAACAUCCUAUGGAGGUAUUUACAAUGCAUUCCACGUACUAACGGUUUAACAUUUGAUCGGCGAGUGUAGUUCUACUUUACUAACCAGCGCGACGCAAGCAGCGGCCCCGCCGCGCCCUUGUGUCUUCAGUCAUAAUUGUCACGGUGCAAUUGUAAAUAUUUAAACGUAAAAUAAAUUCAUUGAAUCAGAAAAGAAAGGCAACUGACACUGGUCGUGUUGAAUUUAAUGCAAGUAAAUAUAUGGACUCUACAUUAA